AUGGAUUACAGUGUUUACACAUUCUUUGAGGUGAUCAAACGUUUGUUUAUAUGGGAAAACACGAGAUUCCAAUCAACAAAACCGUUAGAAUCUAAUGUUCAAAAAGAAAUCUCGGCUGUUAGAGUAACUCCGUUAAGUGAUGAAGCAAUAAAGGAUGUGUGUCCUGCUCCACGAAGUAUGCCAAUGAUAUUACCUAAGGAUCCAGUAGUUUUAUCAUUUGAAGAUGUUCCUGGGCCUAGGUCAUUAAAAUAUUUGGCCAAUUUCCGUCAGUAUAUUUCAGACAUUGGUACUCAGAUUACAGCUGGCUUUUUAACAAUAGGACUAAACGCUGGUGCAUAUUUCCACAAAAAGAAACCGAAUCAGAGUUUAUCAACUUUAUUUGAUGAAUAUGGUCCGGUUGUGCGUUUUGUGAGUCCUGUAGGCGGUGACGUGGUACUGAUCAAUCGUCCAGAUCAUAUACAAAAAGUGUACAACAUGGAAGGUGUUCAUCCAGUACGAUCCGCUUUAGAUUCUUUAGAAAAAUACCGGUCGGAAUACAGAAGUCAUGUUUAUGGUGGGAUUUAUGCAAUCCAUGGACCAGAAUGGACGCGUCGAAGGUCGGUGAUGGAUAUUCCGUUACAAGAUGCAAUCACGCAACACGUGCAGGGUAUCUGUGAAUCUUGCGAUAUGUUUACGCAGAAAAUAUACAACUUGCGAAAUUACCAAGAUGAAAUACCGAAAGAUUUAGUAGAUGAGUUGAAUAAAUGGGCAUUUGAUUGUAUGGGUUUGAUUAUAUUUUCGAAAAAGUUUGAGAUGUUAGACAAGGAGUUGAUAUAUAGCCAGUGCGACAUGUCAUGGCUUUAUCACAGCCUGGUGAAGGCCAGCGAGGCGAUCGCCAAGUGCGAGAGCGGCUUGCAUUUGUGGAAGCUGAUGCCCACACCUGCUUGGUACUCGCUCGUCAAGUACUGCGAUAGCUUGGACAAUUUAAUUGGCAAGCAUGUCCUUGAAGUGGAGCAACAUAUUGCGCUUAGUAAUGAUAAAGGCAAGUUAAAAGAUGGUAAUCGCUUCAUCGGAUCGAUGUUACUUGGCGAAGAUAAAAUGAAUGUGGAGGAUAUUGCGACGGUCGUCAUGGACAUGCUUUUGAUUGGUGUUAACACGAUAACUUCGGCGAUGUCGUUCUUACUGUACUUCAUAGCAAAACAUCAAAGAGUACAGAGAUUACUUUAUCAAGAAAUAGAGGAAAACAUUACACCAGAGUUGUUAUCAGAAGAUAUUAAUAAAAUUAAAGAAAGGACGCCUUAUGUUCAAGCAACAAUCAAGGAGACUCUAAGAUUGACUCCACCGAUACCAUUAUUAACAAGAAUUUUACCAAAGAACAUAGUUUUAGAUAGCUAUAAUAUACCGCGAGGUACUCUUAUUAUGAUGUCAAUACAAGACGCCGCACUAAAAGAGAACAAUUACGACGACGCUGCCAAGUUUUACCCCGAGCGGUGGCUGAACAAGGAAUCUGAAAACAAUCACGACUUUGGAUCGAUAUCUUUUGGUUACGGCGCAAGGAAGUGCUUAGGGCAAAACAUUGCUGAAGUAAUGGCAACAUUACUUAUUACUAAGGUAUUGAAAAAGUACAAACUGGAAUAUCACUAUGGUGAUAUCGAACCUACUCGAAGUUUUAUCGCCAAACCAAACAAGCCUUUGAAAAUAAGAUUUAUAGAUAGAGGGUAAUGAGAAAAGUUAUGCCAUUUUAAGAUUUACAUAUUAGCUCUUGCCUUUUUUCGCCUUAAGUAUGUUAUAAUAAAGUUUAUAUUUAU